ACAGUACAGUGCGUGCGAAACGAGCCUGCGUGCUUUGCUGAAAGACUGUGUAAAUCCAUGAAGGUAAACAGAUUAUGGAGUAAGAUUGCUUGCUUCUUCCUUGCAUUUUCAAGCUUGAGUCAGCAGCAUCAUGGCAGUCAUGAGAUGGAAGCUGCAGCCAGUCAGGAAACUGGCUUUUCCAGGAAAGCUCAGGCUUUUCUGCGCAGCAGGUAACAGUCAUACUUAGGAGCAAGCUGCUGCUAAUGGAUUGCUCCAUUAAUGCACAAAUGCUGUAAUUAAGAGCAGCUCCUGCACAAGACUGGGCACUGAGACCUUUGUGUCUGUGGGUGAUUCUCCAGCAGUUCUGUGUUGGCUGCGCGUGGCUGCUUUGCUUUCCAGGGCCUGGGAGUAGCCGGCAGCACUCUGAUCAGAGUGAUGGUGUCCUGCUCCAGAAUUGAUGUGCUGGAUAUCAGAAGAGGAUUCCUGACCACGUAUGGGAAGUCUCUCUACUCCUUCACGAAGCGGAUGGUGAGACGGGUGGCCAGACCUCCCAGACUCACAUGAGCACCUCAAGACACCUCUGGGAACAUCCCCUGACCCUUCUGGAUGAGUGUAGGACCACUCAGACCCACAUGAGGACUCCCUGGACCCUACCAGACCCUACUGGGACGUCUCCAGAUCAGUCUGGGGACUCCUCAGAGCUCCUGGGCCCACAAUGGGAACUUCCAGAUCCUUCCAGGGUGCCACAGGACCAACCUGGGGACUCCCUUGAACCGGGCUGGGGGUCGCCUUGGCAGCAGGAUGGGCUUCGGUGUGGAAGAAUCUUCCCAGUGCCCACCUCAGAGCUCGAGCUGAAGACAGCAGUGGGAAGAAGGGGCCUUUAGCACAUCCAUGGCACUGAGGAAUCUGGAGGGGAGGGGAAAGCAAACAGAGAAGCAGCAGAUGUUCUGCAGCACGGGAAGGGCUUAAGAGCCCAACUUUGGGCAGUGGUGCUCUGCAAACUGUUGGGAAGCAGCAGGAAAUUCUGCCAGCAGUUCCCUGGGAAGCUCCUUUGGAAGCUCUGGCCACGUUCCUUGUGAUUCCUCCCAUCGAAUGCCUUUCUCUUCCAGAUGGCGUGAGCAGGACCUGUUGUGCAUGAGCUCCCAUCUCUGGGGAGCUCAUCGGUUUGGACGGAGGGGAGAGGCAGGAGCUGAAUGUGAAAACUGCUCAAUUGUCAGCCAGGAAGGACCUCAUUCUUGAAUCAGUGUUUGAUGUCCUCCAAGAGAAUGAGAUCCACGGAUUGAAGAGAGAGGAAAUUCUGCAGUUGACACAGCACGCCAUUGAGAAAAUCAUGGAAAAAUGGCAUCUGGAUGCCCAAGUGGUCUCUGGAAACCAUGGGUGCCACUGUUGAUGCAGCGAGCACAUCUAAGAGUUAUGGUGGGAAAGGCUGGAAGAACCACUGGCUUUCUCCACUCUUUUCUACCACAAAGCCUCCUGCGACGCUCCUGCAGCCCCAUAUUUCUCCUGGCAACUGCUGGGCUUUCCAAGGAUCCCAAGGCCACGUGGUCAUCCGGCUGUCAGAGAAAAUCUGACCCACAGCUUUCACUGUCUGGCACAUCUUCAAGUCUCUCCCUCCGGGGAAGUCAGCCUUGGCGUGUUCUUUUUCACACGGCCUGCCUAAGUGUAACCGCCAUCAUCUCUUGUCUCUGAGGGACUGGAUGAGGACGAAGGUGAAACUCUCCUGGGGUUAUUCAUUUAUGACGUGGAUGGAGAGAUCGCCCACACUUUCCACGCGCAGAACUCCAACUGCUGCGCCCCCACCUGCAUGUGAGAUAUUGAAAAGCAAGGAGAGCACAAACUUCUCAGAGCAUAACUCGUGCCCCCUGCCCCAUGGAUGGCUGAGUGCAGAGCUGUUGAGGAGGUGGAGAAGAGCACUUGCUGAUAGAAGCCAUGGCAGUCAGACACAUAAACUGGAUCAAGCUCUUCCAGCCAGAAGCUGAUGCCAGUGGACUUCCUCUGAAGCACAGCCAUGUGGAAAGCCAGGAGUGUGGCACAGCACCCAAGAGAGCAGUGGCAAGCAGCUCGGAUGUGCCAGAGGACAUCACGGACAUCCAGGGUUUGUUCUCUUGGAUCAAUGACGUGGCAAGAGCUGUUGAGGUCCCCCAUGAGAACCCCAGCAGCUCCGCCCGAGGAUACUUCAUUGCUGAGCUCCCUGACAACCCCAGGGACAGCAGAGAGCUCAGCACAAAGGCUGCCUCUGGGACGCCCACCGACCCUUUCUGGGGGCUUCCACCAUCCCCCGGGUUCCUGCCUGAGCUGCAGUGCGGGGUGUCAGAGCUGCGCCCCAUCGUGCCACCACCAAGUGCCCAGCUCAGCCCACAGCCGGCCAUCCUGGCUGUCAGCGCACCUCCCUCAGCGCAAAGCGCACAGCCCAUCGAGGAGGUGCAGCAAAGGCAGCCCCAGGUGGUUCAGGCAGAAAAGAAGAACAGGGGCAGCACCAAGCGGGGGGGCCAAGCACCCUGCGCCUGCCCGCACCCCCCAGAAAGGGGAGAGCUCCCAGCAGGAGCAGCCCACCAGCAGCGCCCCAGCCAAGAAAAGGAAGCUGCCACUGCAGAGAGAAAGAACAGUGAGAAAAGGCCGCAAACACCUGUGCCAAGGGAAGCUGUCUGGGGCCGGCGCAGGAGCCAGCAGCAGCGGGCAAGUGGGCACUGCCAGCGAGCUGCAUGUGUACCUGUGUGAAUACAUCCAGGCCGUGCACCUGCUGGGGCAGAGGGUGACUGCGGUGGGGCCACUGCGCCGGCCACCCUCUCUGCAGCCCCAGCCUACGGCUGGCAUUGGCCCCGCUGCUCCCCGGCCCCAACCUGGCAGCACAAACCAGGUGGCGCCGGCACCUCCAGGCAGCACGGAACGAGAGGAGGGCACUGCCAAGAAAAUGGCGCCGAGCUGCCCGCACCUGUCCUUGCGGAGGAGCUCACCGCUGCAGAGGGACCCACUGUCACAGCAGCACAAACCACAGCCUCAGCCAUGGCACCCCAUGGACUUUGUGCCCUGCAUGGGGCCCUGGGCAGGUGGCAGUGCGGCACCCACAGCGCUGGAGGAGUCGCUGCCCAUCACAGUCGAGCAGCGGCCCGAGCGGGUGCACAUGAAGAAGCUGGCCCAGGAAGAGUGGCAGCGGGUGGCCCGGCAGAUGAAGAUCAGCCCCGUGCAGUUCCUGGUGCAGCGGGAGAUAGACAUGGCCAUCGCCGACCAGUAUGGCUACCCGUAACCCUGCACUCCUCACCGGCCCACAGCACCAGGCAGCAGCGGCAGCAUUCCAGGGGCACCGCCAGCAGCCCCAUCCCUCCCCUCCACAACCGAGCCAUCCUCCCAAGUCCGCAUUGCAGUGGGAUGGGACGUUGUCUGGGCACUCGGCUGUGGUGGGACAGGAAUUGUAGGAUUACUGUCGGUUCUGUUUCUCAUUCUGUUCUCGGAUAGGUUAUUAAAAGCUUUGCAUUCCCUUUC